ACACUAUCACGAUUAUCAAUCACUAUCUAGUCAUUUCGAAUUAAAAUUUUCUACCAAGAAGCGAGCAGCACAAAACUAUGGAUAAAACGCUUGACGUUACCAACUUGUUUCCCGGCACUCAGGUGUACAAGUGGACAAUCGAGAAGAAAAUUGCACAAGGAGAUUUCAAUUUUAUUUACAUGUGUAAUGGAUCCAGCAACAUGUCUAAUUACAAACAGUUUGCUUUGAAAUGUGAAAGUGCACAGAGCCCUUUGCAGAUGUUGAAGGUUGAGGCAUUUGUCUUGCAGACAAUUGCUAAGCGAGGAUCUCGUCAUUUCUGUGACAUCGAGGAUAUUGGGAAGUUUCAAGGAAUACAUUAUAUUGUCAUGCACAUGAUUGGCAGAGCACUAGUUGACUACAUGAAAACCUCCAUGUCUGGAGCAAUCUCAGUCAAUUGUGCCCUGAGCGUCGGAAUUCAACUCAUCGAAGCACUCGAAGAUCUUCACAAUUGUGGCUUCAUUCAUCGAGACCUGAAACCUUCAAAUAUCUGUUUUGGACGGAAAGAUCGUAACGAACUUGGAAAGUUGUAUCUUUUGAGUUUUGGAAUUUCACGACGUUACUUGGACUCCAAAAAUCAAAUGAGAAAACCUCGUGACAAUGUUGAAUUCCGUGGAACCGUUCGAUAUGCUUCAUUGAAUUGUCAUCAACUGCAAGAACUGAAUAGAAAAGAUGAUUUAGAAUCAGCUUUCUACGUUAUCGUUGAAAUGAUCACUGGACAACUUCCAUGGAAAGGUCUUCCAGAUGGUGCUGCAGUUGCACGAGUCAAGCAACAAAGUCGUCACCCAUCAGCAAUCGCUCUUUUCUUGAGAGCACCUUGUCCGAUGGAAGAACUUCGUGAAGUGAUGAUUCUCAUUGAUUCCUACAAUUAUUUCACAGCUCCCGAUUAUGUUAAUAUCUGCAACAUUCUCCGUCGGGCAAUGCGCAGAAGUCCUCAACCGGAACAUCCUUAUGAUUGGGAACAGGGAGGAACUAAUUCACUUGGAGACGUGUAACUACAUCCUCUCGAUAUUCUCGAAUAAAGAUUGUGACAAUUACUAUACAUUCAAAUACUCUGAAAAGAUUUUAUUUUCAAAGAAAUGUGCGAAUUUAUG